AUGAACACGCAGUGCGGACCUCCCAGGUCCUCGCUGCUUGACGAUCUGCUAUUCUAUCUCAAGAACCACAGCAAAGCACUGGAAACCCCGAUCGUGCCCACGAGCUUGCGCGUCUUUGUCGACAAGAUUGUCGCCAGCCAUUUUCUCAAACUGGCCGAGUUCCUUCAGACCAACAUCGAUAUCGUACAGUGGCACCUAUCCAGGAAACACGACCUAAGCUUGUUCGCCGUCGCGGCAGUAGAAGAACUGUGGAGCGAUGUACAGGCCUGGCAGCGGCGGACUGCUGAGUACCAGGAUGACCUCGAGGCCACGAUGCUGCAGCUGCACAUCCCACUGGGGGACCUGGAAGGCACCGGCAGCCGGGUGCGGAGCUGGUCCCACAGCACCGCGGAUUUCCAGUACCUUUUGCGCAGGUACCGCGAGCUCGGACGGCGCACGCAAGGUCUCGCCGACGCCAUCUCGGCGCUGGGCAGCUUGGCGGGCAACCGCUCCAUGUCAAGGUCGGCGGAUUUGUCGCUCCAGGAGGCGGCUCGGGCUGGUCGCGAGGCUCGAAGCAUGAAGACCCUCACCACCCUGGGUCUGUUAUUCCUCCCCAUGUCGUUCUCGGCCUUCAAGGAACUGGGCACUCCUGGGGCCGAUGGCUAG